AUGCCCGCCCUCACACCAUCACAAACCAGCCGCAAGCGCCAUUCCAAUAUCCGAGUACAAACAGGUGGACGAUCACUCCGACUCCGAUUCCUCCGGCUGCAUGACCUUAUCGUCGAGUUCCUAGGACCAUUAUCGGAUUUUGAGAUUCUGCAGCUGACUCUCUUUGAUCACGAGGUGGCGGUCGUCAUCGAGGUCUUCGACGAUGUAGUCGUGGCGCUCUUCGUCGUAUUUCAGGAUGAUGGCUUUCACGGACGGGUCGCAUUCGAUGAGGACUCCUGUGAGGAUGGGGUGAUUAGCUGGGACCAAGAAAGACAACAAACAACUUCAGACAUGGUCUCCACUUUCAUGAAAAGCAGUUAUCUGCAAUACAAAGCGGACACCGACACAGUAGCGACAUGGCUCGUCGCGACUGCCAAGAGCUGUGGCUUCCCUGUGGAUAAACUUGGAGCCACAGCCAAUCCAACCUCUACAACCAACAACCCACCCUCGGCUGCAACUCCAGGUCCUUCUAAGCGUCUCGAAGGAAAAGCAAGGAAGUUGGCUCGCGAGGCUGCCACCAAAGCUGCAUCCACUGGCUCUCAAUCGACAACAUCCGAAGCUGCUAAACACAUUCUCGCCUUGAAGGAUUUCGUCGACCUCGCAUAUAUCGCUGCAUCAACCAAGCCGGUGAUUCGCGUGCCAGCAAGUUUUGUGACGGUCCUUGACCGAGCCAUCUCAGUGCGACGCGAGCAUGGCAACAAGGCCCGGGCCAAAUUCUCAACAAACCUCGAAUCGCGAGAAUCCUCCUACCGACACGAGUAUUUUAUCGGGAUUCUGGAACACGUCCGGCAGGCUCUACAGCCUCGAAUGUCAGAUGAGAAUGUAGAAGACCCCUCGAUUGACAAUGUCACAGACCACAAGGCCAACAACCUGGCGAAUCGAUUCGAAGGCCUAGAAGUUCAUGAGCCGUCCGAGGCGUUCUUGCAAGCCCCGGAUGUUGCUAUCCCCGCCCCAGCAACCGAAAAGCCAGAGGUCAACUAUGAAGCCGAGCGCCUCCACGACUACGAAGAAGUGUUCUUUGCCUUUAUCCUGCUGCUUCAGGAUCUGCGAAAGAUCCGAGCCGUCAUCGCACGAACCUGGAAGGGCUACAAACUGCGUACGUUCGAUCUGGUGGCGGUGUCCCUCAUGACAAAUUGUGCCAUCGACUUCGCCCAACAUUUGGAGGAGGAAAUCCAGGCCCUUCUGAAUGAACAUGGAGGGUCGAUCGCACUGUUGAUCAGUCUCUCUGAGGGGAUCACUGACAUGGUCGGCGAGGAUCCGAUGCACCGGGAGCGGCCCGGAGACCCUUUUAACUUCCGAACCUACAACAUUGCCGAGUCACUGGCGAGCGACUGGGCGCGGAAAAGUGCAAGGGACAGAUUUGAGGAGGACAUGAAGGUCAUAAACGAGGUACUCUCCGAAUUCGUGUAUCUACAUCUCCUCCUCCGGCAGCCGGAGCCACACGAGGACGAAGUCACGCGGGGGAUACGAAAGAUGUUCGACACGCACCAGGUUCCGCUCUGGCUGGCGUUCGCGUGUCAAAUCUUUCUUGACAUUCACCAUUGCCUUGGGGGGGAUGUGGAAAGUGGGUUUGCGGAUCUCGCCAACACAGCCAAAUCUAUUCAGAGCUGGCUCGAGCUAAGCCAGGAAUUCUUUGCGCACCUCCGCAUUGUAUCGUGGCCCGAGCAAUAUGACGCACGGAUCAAGCGUUUUCUCGAGUUCAUCUCCGCGUGGGUGGAUUCCGACUUCACGCAGACCGCAAAGGAGAGGAACCAUGUCUGGAGGCCCUCUGAGUGCUUCAAACUUAUGAAGUGGCACCCGUUGUUCUGUGGGAUUCUGACAUACUAUAUCAAGGCUCGCUUCCAGGACUUCGCCAUGGCUUUUCAGGGCACAUGGGGGGCGAUUAUGUACGCGGCCCAUCUCUGCAACGCUUUGCGGCAGGAAGGGUUACUGACGAGGCACUGGGCUGACAUGGAACUUGCCCUGAGUUGGCAUAAUGAGAUUUUCGUCGGUACCCCGCCUUGUCAGCCUAGCGAGUAUUUUAAGCAAUACAGUCUCUCCAUCGGCCUUUCCGCGGCAGCAUUCGCUCGCAACCGGCGUCAUAGCGUUAGGCUACCUGGAUCAAAGGCCGGGCCAAGGCGCAUGCAGCCUGUCGCUCCCGUCUCGCGGAUGUUCUUCAGUCGACACUGUGAAGGAUUGACGCCGAGCGGAUUCACUGAAUCCGAUCUCGAGACAAUUCUCGCGAAGUCGGCUGCAUGGAACAAUGAUCAACAAGUAGAUCGAUCUGUUUCAAAGCAUCGUGCCACUCGCACCGAUAGAGGCAAGCCGCCUACCAAGAAGUGCUCCACUUGUCAACUCACCGUCGUCGAAUUACUUGAGACCUUGCGAGACACGAUUCACAACGAAGCGCCGGAAUUCACGUUCGAUUAUCUGGCCUUACACAGAAACUGCUGGCGGCUACUUCGUAUGGUCCGAGACAUGUGUGAUCCCCAUCUGCGCAGGGUACAUGGGGCCGACUCCCUCGAGGACGAGACCGAGCUGCCGUUUCUCGUGGGGCAUUUUUUCAUGGCUGCUGGGGGGACACAUCAGCUGAACAAGAUUCCUGGCCGAGAAGGACGAGGUACUCAGCGGUGAGAUGAUGACGUGCGCCGCAAGUGUGGUUGAGAGCAUGAUCGAGUCAGAGGCUGGAUCUCUGGCUGUGAAGCUUCUGGGCCAACAAGGCUACCAGAUCGAGUUUGAGGAGAAGGAAUAGAUACUCAAGCAUGCUCUGGGGCUCAGAUUUCUUUUCUUGCCAACCUAGGAG